AAAAGGACCAAUCAGAUUGAAGGAAACACGUCAGGCACCAAUAGACUAACCGGUAAGAAAACCUACCGGAGAAACCACUACCAGUAGAGAGAACUCGAACUACGGCCACAGUUCUAGAUACAAAUUUUGCAUAUCUAUAACUAAAACAUAAUGAUUUGGAGGAAAAUCUUGUUCACCUGCUUCUUUAUUAUGCACAUAAUCAUCUCCAUCGCGAUCCCAGAAUCUUCGGGUGCAUCUCAGGUGAGAUGCAGCAAGCGAUGCGUGGCAGAAAACUGUAACUCGAUUGGGAUUAGAUACGGGAAGUACUGUGGCGUUGGAUGGACUGGAUGUCCAGGUGAAAGGCCUUGCGAUGAUCUUGAUGCGUGUUGUCAGAUUCAUGAUGAAUGCGUCGAGAAAAAAGGAAUGACGAAUGUGAAAUGUCACGAGAAAUUCAAGCGAUGCAUAAAGAAAGUUCAGAAAUCUGGAAAGGCUGGGUUUUCUAGAGAUUGUCCUGUUGACACUGCAGUGCCUACAAUGCAACAGGGUAUGGACAUGGCCAUUUUAUUUAGUCAGUUUGGUAACUCUAAGCUUGAACUCUAAUUCACCAAGUGUAGUAUUGCUUUUGCUGCUUAAGAAGUUAAGAUUAGACUUCAAAUUCUUAUACAGUUCAUACAAAUUCAUUUUUUUGUAAGUUACCUCACAUAUUAAGAUUUAUAUCUAACAUUCACCUUCAUCA